AGUGUGUGUGACCCCCAGGGGUCUCUCAGUGCUGAGUGUGACAGGGUCGGAGGUCAGCGCCGCUGUAAACCUAACGUGAUUGGAAGACGGCGUGACCAGUGUGCACCUGACACGUACGGCCUCAGACCAUAUGGAUGCACUGCCUGUGACUGCCACGCAGAGGGCUCUCUGGGAGACCAGUGUGACGCGGUGACGGGGCAGUGCCCGUGCAGACAGGGGUCCAGCGGGCGCCAGUGCUCAGACUGCCAGCCUGGCCAGUGGGGCUUCCCCAGCUGCAGGCCAUGCCAGUGUAACGGGCACGCUGAUGGCUGCAACCCAUAGACAGGGGAGUGCCAGGCCUGGCCAGUGGGGAUUCCCCGGAUGCAGGCCAUGCCAGUGUAACGGGCACGCUGAUGGCUGCAACCCAUAGACAGGGGAGUGCCAGGCCUGGCCAGUGGGGAUUCCCCGGAUGCAGGCCAUGCCAGUGUAACGGGCACGCUGAUGGCUGCAACCCACAGACAAGGGAGUGCCAGGCCUGCAGGGACUACACUGAUGAACAGCUCUGUGGAAGGUGUGUAAAUGGGUUCUAUGGAAACCCAGUGCUGGGGUCCGGGGAUCACUGUCGACAUUGUCCCUGUCCUGGUAACGCAGAAAGCGGACGCUCCAACGGACACUCCUGUCACGCUGGCAGCUCAUCCAAUCAAAUCCUCUGCAACUGUACACAUGGCUACAUAGGGCCUCGCUGUGAUCGGUGUGCCCCUGGUUACUACGGCAACCCCAAGCAUCCAGGUGGGCAGUGCCGCCCGUGCCAGUGCAGUGGCAACAUCGACGCCCACGACCCCGAGUCAUGCGAGCCCGUGAACCGGCCGAUGCCUGAGCUGCCUAAACAACACGGAUGGACCCUCCUGAUCUGACUGUAAACAUGGUUACUACGGCAACGCCCUGGCCCAGGACUGCAGGCGUGAGUUUCUACAUCGUGACGGCUGGUUGGAAUCUCUAAUGAGUUCUGUCUCUGGUGAUGCCCACUGGAGACAAACUAUUGGCAUUUUGUGAUGAUAUGUGUCUUGUUGGACAUUGGCUCAAUUAUAUAGCGUGACUGUCUGAGGCACUGCAUCUCAGCGCAAGAGGCGUCACUACAGUCCCUGGUUCGAAUCCAGGCUGUAUCACAUCC